UCUUGGCUAAAAUUAGUCUCCAAAAUACUUUGCUAAAUUACCGCUUGUGUCCCCUGUUGCAGCCCCUUUUGGUUUUGAGAACAUGGCAACUUUAGCUCUGGCUGUGAACUUGACGACAUAUUUCAAUCUGGUGAUGCACUUGGAAUUAGCCGAUGCAGCUAAUGAGCUAACCAACUUCUUGGGCGCUAGUUACAUACUGUCUAUCUUGGUAGCUAUUCUUGCAGACACUUACAUCGGCAGAUAUAAAGCUGUUCUCAUUGGAGGAUGCCUCGAGUUAGUGGUAUGCUUGCAAAUCCUCCAUCCAACCUCAUCAUCAAAUGAUAUAGUGAUAUUAAUAACAAUCUUUGAUAAUUAAAAAUUUUAGGUAUCUUAAUUAAAAGUUUAGUAAUAAUUAAGAGUGAUUAGUAACAUACCUUGCUCUCCUUUAUAAGGAUAAUCAAGAUUUAAAUUCUCCAUUCUCAUUGUUGUAACUAUCAAGUUUGUUAAGUUGUAACUUCCAUAUAUUUAGUGUUGGCUUAUUCCGUGUCAAUUUGAUUGAAUUUUCAUGUUUAAUAUCUUGUAUUCAUGGGCUUUGUUUUGUAUUUGGUUUGGGUGUUAAAAAAAAUGCUACUAAAAAGCCAUUGAGACACAAUUCACGGAUCCCUAGGAAUGUCACACUCUUGAAUUGGUUUACAAAUUUGUAAAUGAAUACCGAGAAAUUUGUAAAACAGUCCACUAAUUUCAUACUCUUGAAAUGAUAUAUAUAAAUUGAGAAAUUUGUAAAAUGGUCACUUUGCUAUUCCAUCCCUUCCCCCACAUUUAUAUAUCCUUCCAUCUCCUACGAAUUUUACCCUAAGCACUCACUUCAAAGUUGAGAGAAUUGAAUCUAUCCUUGUGAGAGCCAAACACCAUUAGUUCUCUAGACUUUUCCCACUCACCGUUGACAAUUCUUUGAGAGAAGAUCAGAUUCUUCACACCCAUCAUUACCUAAGUUUUGUGAGUGUUGUUUGGACCUUUGGGAACCAUUGGAGCUAGCCAAAUUUCAGCCUUGGAGGCUUGAAGGUGCAACCAAGCUUGGUUGCGGGAUCCAAGAGCUAAGUUAGAGAAAGGACUCAACAUAGUCAGUUGUGAAAAGUGAAGCUUAGAGGGCUCAAAUACAAGGGUAACUUUAAGCUUGGAGGGAUUUUUGUAAAUCUAUAAUGCGCAACUAUAUAUACUUAAUGGAUCAGUUCAGUGGUGGAGCCGCAGAGAGAUAUUUUCACCGAGUACUCUAGUUCUCCUCUUCGAUAACAUAUCUAAUGUUAUCUUGGGCACUAGUAUUACUAGUAAUACAAGCUCACUAUCCCAAGCUGAAGCCCCCACCUUGCAAUGUCUUUGACCCAACUUCUCACUGUGAGAAAAUUGGUGGUAUCAGUGUUGUCCUCCUCUAUUUUGCUCUAUAUUUGCCUGCUGCUGGGUCUGCAGGAAUCAAAGCUGUUUUACCAUCACAUGGUGCGGAUCAAUUUGAUGAAAAGGACCCAAAAGAAAAAAAGCAGAUGUCCAGCUUCUUCAACUGCCUUCUAUUAGCAGCAUGUAUUGGUGGUGCUAUCAGCUUAACACUAAGUGUGUGGAUCCAAGAUCAUAAAGGGUGGGACUGGGGCUUUGGGAUCUCUUCCAUUGCCAUACUCUUUGCUAUUAUCGUCUUUGCCAUAGGAUUGCCAAUGUACAGGAUACAAGUUAUUCAACGAACUAACGCCAUUAUUGAAAUUAUACAGGUGUAUGUUGCAGCCAUUCGUAACAGAAAUCUUGACCUUCCAGAGGACCUCACAAAGCUCUAUGACAUUGAUCAUGACCAUGAAGCUGCUAUGGAAACAGAAUUUUUACCUCACAGAGACAUUUUCAGAUUUUUAGACAAAGCAGCCAUCCAACAUGGUAGUCUAGUAGAGGCUCCAAAUCCAUGGAAACUAUGCAGGGUCACUCAAGUUGAAAAUGCCAAAAUAAUACUAGGCGUGCUUCCAAUAUUUUGUUGCACAAUUAUCAUGACCCUUUGUCUGGCUCAGCUCCAAACCAUCUCAGUCCAACAAGGUCUCACUAUGGACACAAGUAUCUUUAAAUCUUUCCACAUCCCACCUGCCUCACUCCCUGUCAUCCCAAUCUUGUUUAUUAUCAUUAUAGUCCCCGUCUAUGAUCGGAUUUUCGUACCCUUUGCGCAUAAAAUCACUGGCAUUCCCAAUGGCAUCACGCACUUGCAACGUAUAGGAGUUGGCCUUAUUCUCUCAUGCAUCUCCAUGAACGUGGCUGGCUUCGUGGAAGUGAAGCGAAAGGGUGUAGCAAGAGACCAUAAUAUGCUUGAUGCAAUCCCAGUCAUACAGCCAUUGCCUAUUAGCACAUUCUGGCUAUCAUUUCAGUACUUCAUAUUUGGAAUUGCAGACUUGUUCACCUACGUGGGGCUUCUUGAAUUUUUUUAUUCAGAGGCACCAAAUGGCCUUAAAUCCAUCUCAAGUUGUUUCCUUUGGAGCUCCAUGGCACUUGGAUAUUUUUUCAGUACUAUACUUAUCAAAAUAGUUAAUGCUUCAACAAAGGAUAAUACAAGAAGUGGAGGUUGGUUGGCAGGGAAUAAUAUUAAUAGGAACCAUUUGAACCUCGUCUACUGGUUGCUUUCUCUUUUGAGCUUUUUCAACUUCUUUAUAUAUUUGUUUGUAGCUAAAAGGUACAGGUACAGGCCUACCAAUCCUAAAUGAGAAAGCCAAGCGGCAUGAGGAAAAGAAAACUUAGUCUUAA